AUGGAGAAUAAUGAUAGCACAGCUGAUCAACGAAAAUUGUCAACAUCGUCUUGUACAUGUCAUCGUCCAAGUCCAUACAAUGAACAGCAGCUCUGGUCAUUACAGAAAGCAUUUUUAUAUAGCUUUAAUUUAUUUAUAGAUAAAACAAGUACCAUGUCACAUUGGUCAUAUGGCCUAUCUUCAAUUGGUUCAUCAUUAACACAUGCACAACGUACAAAAAUGAUAAAUUAUGCUAAAUACGACGUGAUGGCGGUAACUUAUCUCAUCAGACCAAUUACUGAACAAUGGUCGUUUACAAGAACAAAAGAAUCAAGCAUUGAAGAAAUGUUUAUUACAUUUCAAUCAACACGACCACCACCAUUACGUCAACAAAAAUCGAAAAAGAAGAAAAAAAAUAUUAAUAUUCAAAAAUUGUCGAAAAUAUUUACAUCCAUUCAGGAUCCUGAUUAUGAAUUAAUUUCAUCAGAUGAUGAGAUAUAUUUAAAUCAAUUAAUUGAACCAAAUGAUUAUAAAAAUGAACAAGAUAAUAAUAAUAAUAAUAAUAAUAAUAAUAAUAAUAAUAAUAAAAUUAAUUUAUUACAAGAUCAAAUCGAACCAAUUGAUGCUGAUUAUAUACUAAUUAUUAAUGAUGAUGAACCAAUUGAACAAAUUCAACAACAAGAACCUGAACCAGUUAAUGAUAAUUUAUUAAAUGAUGAUAGAGAUGAACCAGCACCAACGAAACGAUACACAAAGAAUCAACAACGAUCCGUACAAGCCCGACAUAGAAAAAAUCAUCGAAGAAAUAGGGCACUUAAAAAGAGACGUUAUUAUUAUUCAAUUAAACGUAAAUGGUAUCCUUAUUUUCCAAAGCGAACAAUCCGGAAAAUUCUUCGUAUAUAUAAUAUUAAUUAUACACAUGUUAGAGAAGAUGGUGAAAAUUUAUUAAUUGGACUGAAAAACCAACAAAGUGAAAAUAUAGCUGAACAUCAACUACCAAGGAACAUAUUCAACAGACAGAGUUAUUUUUAUUAUCGAAAAUUAUUUCGACGUUAG